CAGACUACAGACCAGACUCUUGCAGAAGGAUGCUUCAUGUCAAGUGGGCAACUAACGGUUAACUUAUACAAAAGUGAGGGGAAAUAUGUCGAUCUAAGAGACCCGAGGAAAGCAAGCUGGAUUUCCUGAGCACACACAAGCUGCAUUAACGGGAUUAUUAUUUGGUAGCAGGAGGAGAUAUUAAAAAUAUGUAGGAGACGCGCGUAAAAAUCCACAAGAUUCCUCCGAGGGGUUGAACGUCAGUGGGAGGAUUGUGCCAAAAGCGCGACUUGAGGAGCAGCUUAUUCAUGCAAAUUCAUAAAUCAUAGGGCGUGCCUUUUUUGGGCGAUGGAGUCACAGUCGGAAAAGCAAACACCCUCCUGGAUCAUCAGCGACCUUCAAAGACUUGUGAUGCGCAGCGCUCGGACGCAUUGACAGCAGCGCCGAGGCAAAUGUUUUAAAGACGUAGGGAAGAGAAGAGAAAGUUCUACACGCUUCUGUUAACUGACUCAAAUUCUCUCCUCACUCAGUGGCCCGCUCGACUGCUGCGCUGGAUCUCCAACCAAAGAGUGAACGAACUGUAACGCACAGUCUCUAGCCCUGGAUAAUAUUUUAUUUUUAUAUGUUUACAGUCAGUUUGGACUAUUUUAAAUACUGAGACUCCUGAUGCGGAAGACCCUACUGCCAACCUGCUUUAGAGACUUUGUGCUGUUCCUGUUUUGAGAAAACGACUGAAUUUUCAUUUUUAUUUAAAUACCCAGAGGACUUCAUCACCAUGUCAGAAGACGACAAUAGAUCCACUACCAGCUGCAUGUCCGAAAAAGACGGCAGCAACGUCAGUGUCCUCAGCUGGGAGCAAGUGCAGCGGCUGGACGCCAUCCUGACGGAGACCAUCCCGAUCCACGGCCGGGGAAACUUCCCCACUCUAGAGAUGCAACCGCGGCAGAUCGUUAAAGUAGUGCGGAGUCGGAUGGAGGAAAAACAGAUUCAUGUCCGGGACGUUCGGUUAAACGGCUCCGCGGCCAGCCACAUUCUGCACGAGGACAGCGGACUGGGCUAUAAGGAUCUUGACCUCAUAUUUUGCGCAAAUAUGAAAGGAGAAAGUGAUUUUCAAAUUGUGAAGGACAUAGUUUUGGACUGUCUCCUGGAUUUUUUACCCGACUGUGUGAAUAAGGAGAAAAUAACACCGUUAACGUUAAAGGAAGCCUAUGUGCAAAAGAUGGUGAAGGUGUGCCAUGACUCAGACCGCUGGAGUCUCAUCUCCCUGUCCAACAACCGCGGGAAGAAUGUGGAGCUGAAAUUUGUGGAUUCCCUUCGGCGGCAGUUUGAGUUCAGCGUGGACUCAUUUCAGAUCAAACUAGACUCUCUGCUGUUGUUCAGUUACGAUUGCUCAGAGAACCCCAUGGCCGAGACCUUCCACCCCACCAAGGGUGAGAGUGUGUACGGAGACUUCAGUGAGGCUCUGGACCACCUACGUCACAAGAUAAUCUGCACACGGAACCCGGAGGAGAUCCGAGGAGGGGGUCUCCUGAAGUACUGUCACCUGCUGGUGAGGGGUUUCCGGGCCGCGUCAGAGUCAGAGAUGAAGUCCCUGCAGCGCUACAUGUGCUCGCGCUUCUUCAUUGACUUCCCUGAUAUUGGUGAGCAGCAGCGCAAGCUGGAAUCCUACCUUCAAAACCACUUUGUUGGCCUGGAAGACCGCAAGUACGACUACCUGAUGACCCUCCACGGAGUGGUGAACGAGAGCACGGUGUGUCUGAUGGGGCACGAGAGGCGGCAGACCUUAGGGCUCAUAGCCAUGCUGGCAGUGCGUGUGCUUGCUGAGCAGAAUGUCAUCCCCAACGUGGCUAAUGUUACAUGUUACUACCAACCUGCUCCUUAUGUGGCAGAUGGCAACUUCAGUAACUACUACAUAGCACAGGUGCAGCCAGUGUUUGCUUGCCAGCAGCCUGCCUACUCCACCUGGCUUCCCUGUAACUGAGUACCCCGAAAUAAAAGAGGAAGGAAAGAUCCUGAUGUCUUUAAACAGGAGCGAGUGGCACAGUUGUACCCUUAACUCUGCGCAGUGCUUAACAGCUGACCAAAAAAGACAUCCUUUGUUCAGUGUUUUGCAUCAAAGCUUCUGCUUUUGUUCAUAUGUUGAGUAUGAACAGUAAAUCCAGAACAGCUGGCACAAUUCAAAUGGAAUAUCUCACAUUUACCAAACACCAACAGUCUCCUGAUCCUGCCCCAGGCCAACCGAGUUUGGAAAAGACUUAUUUGGAUAGCCUGGAAGCAAUAGCUGAGUUUUAAGGCCUUGAAUGCCAGCUGCAGAACUGUCACCGGAGACUGUACGGAAGACUGAGUCAGUUCUUUAAUGAAACUCAUUAGCCAGCAUGUUGCAGCAGCACCAGCAGCAGCUGCAUCAGUGUCCUGAAGCUGACACACUCACAUGCACUUGAGGUGAAUCAGAUGCGCACGGUGCUCCAAAGCGCACUGUGCUUUAAGAUCAUCUGAACUGAGGUGAGAUCCUAUUAAACUAGUUUGGACAACAAGAGCCACCUCACAUUUGGAUAUAAUUCUGGUUGCUUACAGACCAAAGAUUUUUUUUUCUAACACAAAACCCCCAUUUUUUUUAAGGGAGAAAUAUAAACAAAAUAUGAAGCUAUUGUAAUGUAUAUUUGUACAUGUGAACAUAUGUGUGUUUAUAAAGUGCCUAUUGCCUCUCAGCAGGCAGAGAAAAGAAUGAGCAGGCCAUAUGACCCCUCUCUGUUUAUAGACAGUAGCACCCCAGAGGCUUGUGAAUGUAUAUGUGAAAUCCUGCACAGUCAGUGUUUUGUGUACAUUUGGAUGAAAAAGAGCACCGUUUGUGUGGAUUUUGCAGUAAAGUAGCAGCCAAAUGUGCGAAUGAAAUGUUUCUGCAAGGUUCACAUUUCUUCUCGUGUAUAUUCAGUAGCUCAGAGGCUAAAACUCCCCAAAUUACCAGCAUGUCACGACAGAGCCCGAUAAAUAUCAGCCACUCGUCAAGUCACACAAUAUUUCCUGUAUAUUUUGUAUAGUGGUGCUUCACUUUUUCUCAUCUGAGAAGAAAAAGAAAAAAUAAUAGGGGGACAAUAAGUAGAUCAUAGAAAGAGAGAGGGCUCAAACGAAUCUGUUCCUCAGUUGGAGGAUGUUUGCAGUGACACCUCAGAGGAUGAGACACUGUUUGCUGUAGCACCCCUGGCAGGGAAUUCCUCAGCUGCUGCUGAAGAGCUUGAACUUAGCUGGGUUCUGCAGAUAUUCGGUUCAGGAAAUGUAGUGCCAAACAUUUAGGCAGCCCCCUGCUGAUAGCCCUGAAAUUUAAUGAGGCCACUGUUUGAAUCAGAUGCUGAUAUUAGAAGUCAGAGAGAGAAAGAGAGGCAAAGGAGAGCAAAAUGAUAAAGCAAGAUUGGAAAAAAAAGAAAAGAAAAAAAAAGAGAUGAUCUGGGAGAGAUGGGUGCAGCUGGUGAUGGGGUUUAUCUAUCUAGGGCUACUGUGUUUUACUGUACAAAUUGUCUCUGUUAGGUCAGACUGCAACGUGAUGGACAACGCCGCAGCUUGAAACCAAACCGUUCUGUUAUCAGCGCCUGUUUUAAUUAUCUGCUCGCUGAAACAAAAGGAUGGAAACCGAAGAAUACUGCAUUGCGUUCACCUCAGCAUCAGAAGACUAAGUUGCACCUUAUGUUUCCUUUGUGAGGUCGCUCUGUUGAUGUUCUCUCUCUUUUUUUUUUUUUUUUUAAUGCUUCAUUCCACGCCUGUUUUUGAAGAAUUGUGUAUAAAUAUAUGAAUUACACGCUUGCUAACUGUACUGUUGCUUUUUUCUCAGCUGCAUUAAGAAAAUAAAAAAAAAAACAAACUCAAAACAAACAAGCAACAAACAACAAAAAAAAAAAGGGACCAGCAUCAAGUCAAUAUUGCAACAAAAAAGAGAAAUUCUCUCGCUGGAAAAUGUUUUUUUUUUCUCAUCCUCUGUCUGGUAAUCCAUAACUUCUUUGCUCAGUUCUUUCUUCUAAAUAGCUGUUCAUGCUGAUGGUAUCCUUUGGAUUGUGCAGGCAGUGUAUUGUAAUUUUAUACUCAGUGAAGGUCCCAACAGCGACUAGCUAGUGGCUCCAGUCUGCUUGUCAGUUAGUGAUUGUGCCUAUCAGUUAGAGAUUGUGGGUUACUGCACCGUCUUGUAUGGUCGUCUAAAGCUCAGUUUCAUGCAGUCUUUUACAAAUCACACUUUGAAAAA